AUGCGCACCAACAGAACGGCCUUUCCCCGUCCAUCGCAUUGUAGGACAAGUCAGAUUAAUGUAGGGAACGUGCAGAGCAAUGGGCGCGCUGCAAUCGCCGGGCAGCGGGCCGUGUUUCCGAUUCAAAACAGAUGCAGAAUUGACGAGACGCGACUGUCCUUGGAAUUUGAGGGCACUCGAGACAGUGACACACAGCGCCCCUCGCCUCUGCCGCGCGGCCCUCAUGGGCGUUGCUUCUCCGGUAUUGGCGGCAGGACAGCCGGCUUGCAACAGCCCGGACGGGAUCCAGGAACGUCGGCGGUGGGGAUGAGGUCCUUCGCCCUGGCCUCCUUGCCGUCCCUGGAGGCAGCUACACCAGUCGCAGCGCAGCUCGCUCUCCUGCGUCACAGUGAAACGGGCAUCAACCUUUUAGCAUGA